AUGGAACCGCGGCGACCAGUAUCAGAGCAGCGCUCACGACCAUUCCACCGGCAACAAUCAACCACCUCAUCAUCAGAAAACUCCAAGAGUCGAUCACAGAGCCGUGGCCAUGGCUCAAAACCCUCAUCGAGGCGAACUUCUUGUACCAUUGUGGAUCCAUCAAGACCGGCGCGUCACUAUCGAAUGAAGAGCCACCAAACACCUCCCACAGCAACCAGCCAAGACAUUGACGACGUCCUCGCCCUACAUUUUCGCAGCUGCAGCAUCUUCACCAACCCAUCCUACCACUCGAAUUCCGGUCUACCCAGCCCAACGCUAUCCCAAGGUGGCGACGCAACCUUUGGCUUCCCCAGCGCAGCCACGCGUUUCAGUUCCGACAGUCUGCGCGUCGUCGAAGAGACACCCAUGCACCGCCGCCAAAGCGAGGACACCAUUGCAGAAGAAGAGACCAACACGACUAUGCACUGGACCUCGCCAUGUACGCGCAAACGCGAGUAUGAAAGGAUCGACAAGGCCAACAGCGGUCUUCGGGGUUUCUUCCGCAAGGUAACACCGCGAUGUGUUUCAGGUCCGCAGGAAAAGUUUUACUCAGACAAGGACCAGUCGGAUGCUGGAUCUGUGCGACGUUAUCGCAUGGAGGAUCUGGAUGACGAUGCGCAUGUGGAUGAGAAGCAUGAUGCGAGACCCAGGACGAGUCCGAUGCCUAGACCAGGGUCGAGACCGGGGAUUGCGAAGAGGUGGACGUGUUUCUAG